AUGCCAAAGCUGACUAGUUCAUCACAAGUAUUUGAUCAUGUUAUGUCUGUAGUGUACAUUCUGGUAGGCACAAGCAUUACCAUCAUAGAUUUUCCCUCUGGCUUCUCGCACCCAUGUCAUGUCAUAGAGCACUACAGGCGACUUGGAUAUAAACAUUCGAUUAACUGUGAAGCAAAGAACCUCACAAUGUCUGGUACAUAUGGCCUUAUUAAUGUGAACAAGAAAAAACAUUUCUUCUACGGGGUCUUGCUGUCUACAAGAACUUCCAAGUUGACAGAGAAUGGAUUGGUGUUCCUUUCCAUCCAAUAA